AUGGAAACCCCUAAGGGUAAAGAACAUAUCAAAGCCGUAACCGUGUUGAGUGAGGAUAAUUCGAGAGUCAAUAAUCACACAAAUGAAAACGCUGAAAAAUUGACCCAUCAAAACGAGGUUUCACAUGCUUUUGAUAUGCCAAAUUUUCCAAUUUUGAGUCCUCUCAAUGGAGAAACUCAAAAUUCAUUUUUUGUCCAGAAAACAGUCCCUGCAUUUACUUCCAUCACUACACAGCUCUCAGCUCAAACUUCCCAUAGUGGGAAGAUUGUGCCCACUGUCCAACCAAAAAAAUCCAUUCAACCAACUCCAUAUUUGCAUAAUUUACCUUUUCCAGAAAGAAUGAAAACCAAAAAUGUGGACGAGCAAUUUAAGAAGUUUUUGGACAUCUUUAAGCAACUCCAUAUUAACAUACUUUUGGUAGAAGCUCUUGAGCAAAUGCCAAGCUAUGUUAAAUUUUUGAUAGACAUUCUGAAUAAAAAGAGAAGGUUGAAUGAAUUUAAAACGGUUGCUUUGACCAAAGAAUGUAGUGCACUUCUUACAUGUAAAAUUCUUCCAAAGUUAAAAGACCCGGGAAGUUUUACCAUCCCAUGUUCUAUAGGAGGAAAAGAAGCAGGUCAUGCCCUAUGUGAUUUGGGGGUAAGCAUUAAUCUUAUGCCAUUGUUAGUUUUUAACAAACUAGGAAUAGGAGAAGUCCGUCCGACUACCGUGAAUUUACAAUUGGCGGAUAGGUCCAUUGCUUAUCCUAAGAUUAAAAUAGAGGAUAUUUUGGUCCAAGUCGAUAAAUUUAUUUUUUCGGCCGAUUUUGAAGUUUUGGAUUAUGAAGCUGACAAGAAUGUCCUGAUCAUUUUAGGUCGACCUUUUCUUACAACUGAGAGAACAUUAAUCGAUGUGCAAAAAGGGGAGUUAACCAUGAGAGUAAGUGAUCAGGAAGUGAAAUUCAAUGUAUUUAGUUCCCUUAAAUUUCAUGGAAAGGUAGGUGAUUGUUCAGUCAUCUCUGCUUUAGGUGAAGAUCUAGAGAUAAAUUUGAUUGACACUCCCUACAAAAGUGAUAUUGGGGAAAAUUUUGAGAACAUAAUGGAAGAAAAUGUUGAGUUGGAAGAUUUAGAAGAUCUAGCGGCAUUUGAACAACUUGACUUUAAGGACAUAAUUGUCCAAGCACCAUCCAUAGAGCAAGCCCUGGAGUUAGAAUUAAAGUCACUCCUCAGUCACCUUAAGUAUGUUUAUCUUAUGGAGAAGGAAAAAUUACCCGUAAUUAUUUCUUCAAAGUUAAGUAAUGAACAAGAAUUAAGGUUGAUAGAGGUGUUGAAAGCUCACAAAAGAGCCAUAGGCUGGACCAUUGCCGACAUUAGAG